AUCAAAUUAGCUCUCUCUCUCUCUCUCUCUAGCAGAUACACUCUCUUUCUCUCUCUAACAGAUACAUACACUCUCUCUUUCACCAAAUUCCAUAGCAGAUUUCUCUGAUUUGCUUUCCAUUCAUAUUUCAAAACCAAUCACACACAUUAAAUACUGUAAUAUGAGCAUAACCCUUUAGUGUUUAUGCUUCUAUUUCCCUUCAUUCAUCAAUGAUGUUGAAGAAAAUUCUCUAAAUUUUCUUCCAUUAACGUAAAAAUUCAAUCUUUAGAUUUUUGGUUUUGACGACAAAAAAAAAAAAAUAGAGAGAGAAAAAAAAAUGGCACCAAACACAGUUACAAAUGCAACUGACAAAGUUAAUGAUUUUACUUUGUUACAUGUUCAUGAUGAUGGUUUGGAUUCUCCAAUGUUUCAAGAGAAGCAAAAAAAAUCUACAAGUACAAAACAGUUUACAUGGGUUAUUCUCCUUAAACUUCACAAACUUCUGACAUGUUUGACAUGGUUGACCAAUGGUCUCAAAUCAACUUUUUCAUUGGUCAAAAAGAGAGUUUCAUUAUCUGAUAUUGGUGAUGAAAAUCCUAAGAACACAACAAGGUUAUAUAGAUUCAUCAAAGUGUUUCUUGUACUUUCAAUUGUUGCUUUGGUUGUUGAAAUCAUUGCUCAUUUUAAUCAAUGGAAUUUGCAUGUGAUUCAACCUUGGGAAGUUAAGAAUCUUUUGCAAUGGUUUUAUAUGGUUUGGAUUUCUUUUAGAGAAGAUUAUGUUGCUCCUUUGGUUUUGUUUGUGUCAAAAUUUUGUAUUGUUUUGUUCUUGAUUCAAUCUUUGGAUCGGCUUGUUCUUUGUCUUGGAUGCUUUUGGAUCAAGGUUAAGAAGUUGAAGCCUAUGAUUGAUGAUGAUGCUUAUGAUGUUGAGGAUCCUUUGAGCUUUCCUAUGGUUCUUGUUCAGAUUCCAAUGUGUAAUGAAAGAGAGGUUUAUUCACAAUCAAUUGGUGCUGCUUGUCAACUUGAUUGGCCAAAAGACAGAAUACUAGUUCAAGUAUUGGAUGAUUCAGAUGAUCCUAAUUUACAGAUGCUUAUCAAAGAUGAGGUUUCUUCUUGGAAAGAGAAAGGGGUCAACAUUGUUUAUAGACAUAGAUUGAUCAGAACUGGUUACAAAGCAGGGAAUCUUAAGUCAGCUAUGUCAUGUGACUAUGUCAAAAACUAUGAAUUUGUGGCAAUAUUUGAUGCAGAUUUUCAGCCAAAUCCUGAUUACCUCAUGCAAACCAUUCCACAUUUCAAGGGAAAACCUGACUUGGGACUAGUUCAAGCAAGAUGGUCAUAUGUGAACAAAGAUGAGAAUCUACUAACAAGGCUUCAAAACAUCAACUUGUGUUUUCACUUUGAGGUUGAACAACAAGUGAAUGGCUAUUUCUUGAAUUUCUUCGGAUUCAAUGGAACAGCUGGUGUUUGGAGGAUAAAGGCUUUGGAGGAAUCAGGCGGUUGGUUGGAGAGGACGACAGUUGAGGACAUGGACAUAGCUGUUAGAGCUCAUUUGAAUGGAUGGAAAUUCAUAUAUCUUAAUGAUGUUAAAGUUCUUUGCGAAUUACCUGAAUCUUAUGAAGCUUACAAGAAACAACAACAUCGUUGGCAUUCUGGUCCUAUGCAACUUUUCAGGCUAUGUCUUCCUGCUGUAUUAACUGCCAAGAUAUCAAUUUGGAAGAAGGCAAACCUAAUAUUCUUGUUCUUCUUAUUGAGGAAACUUAUACUUCCCUUCUACUCAUUCACCCUCUUCUGCAUCAUACUACCCUUAACAAUGUUCAUACCUGAAUCAGAACUACCUCUUUGGGUGAUCUGCUAUGUCCCUAUUGUCAUGUCGUUCUUAAACAUCCUUCCAUCACCAAAAUCAGUCCCUUUCCUUGUCCCUUAUCUUCUUUUUGAGAACACAAUGUCGGUUACAAAGUUCAAUGCAAUGGUUUCUGGACUAUUUCAACUAGGAAGUGCUUAUGAAUGGGUUGUGACAAAGAAAACAGGUAGAUCAUCUGAGUCCGAUUUGCUAGCAUUAGCUGAAAGAGAGUCAAAGUCUUCAAAUGAAGAUAAACCAUUGCAUAGACGACACUCAGAAUCCGGUUUGGAGUUAUUAGGCAAAAUUCAGAAAACAGAAGUGGUUUCGAAGAAGAAGAAAAACAAACUCUAUAGGAAAGAAUUAGCACUUGCUUUUCUUUUACUCACUGCUUGUGCUAGAAGUCUUUUAGCAGCACAUGGUGUUCAUUUCUAUUUCUUGCUUUUUCAAGGUUUGGCAUUCCUUGUUAUGGGUUUGGACUUGAUUGGUGAACAAGUUAGCUGAAGAAUAAGGCAUUGAAAAUGUCUUGUUUUUUUAUUACCAAUAAUUGGUGAUUCUAAUUUCAAGCCCAUAUAUCAGUUGAAAGAACUAUAUCAGCUGGCAAGAAAUGGGAUAUAGAGUAAAGUUUAUUGAUUGUAUAAUCAUAAAAUGAUAAGGAUCCAUAGAACAAGAAUGUAAUUUUUUGUAGACUUCAAAUUUGUUGGAGAGUUAUAUAAUUUAUUUGGUUUUUUUAUUUUUGUGGUUUUUCACUUAUGUAAAGUAGGAUCAAGAAAAUGUUGAUUGAACAUAACUGUAUUUACUUACUACUGUCUUUUAGAAAAGCUUGUGAAAUGAGCAACAUUUCCUUUCUGGUUGUU